AUGGCCUGCUGCGCUACUAGCUUCUGUGGCUUUCCCACAUGCUCCACCGGUGGCACCUGUGGCUCUAGCUGCUGCCAGCCCAGCUGUUGUCAGCCCAGCUGCUGCCAGCCCAGCUGCUCCCAGUCCAGCUGCUGCCAGCCCAGCUGUUGUCAGCCCAGCUGCUGCCCACCCAGCUGCUGCCAACCAAGCUGCUGUGGAACUGGCAGUGGCCAGGAAGGUGGCAGUGGAGGCGUGAGCUGCCGCGUCAGAUGGUGCCGCCCAGACUGCCGCGUGGAAGGCACCUGCCUGCCCCCCUGCUGUGUGGUGAGCAGCACACCCCCAACCUGCUGCCAGCUGCACCAUGCCCAGGCCUCCUGCUGCCGCCCAUCCUACUGUGGACAGUCCUGCUGCCGCCCAGCCUGCUGCUGCCACUGCUGCCCCCCCAGCUGCUCUGAGCCCACCUGUUGA